GUUCCUUCCGCCCGUGGCCGUGUCCGCGCGGCGGGGCUGCUGAUAAAGUUUUCCCCCAGAAGGCCUCGCGGCGCUUUGCGGCUUCUCGCGAGAGUUGCCAAUCUCGCCUGCUUCCCAUGAUGGCGGCUCCUGCCGGGGCUCCGGCCUCGCCCCGGCCUCGCACGCGGGACGUGCUGAUCCCCGGAGGCCCGGCGGACUUCGGGUCGCUGCUGCUGUCGGCCCCGGUGCUGGCGGGGCUGGAGGCCGCCGGGUUCCUGAGGCCUUCGCCGGUGCAGCUGAAGGCCAUUCCGCUGGGGCGCUGCGGCCUGGAUCUCAUUGUGCAGGCAAAAUCUGGCACUGGCAAAACCUGUGUGUUCUCAACCAUUGCCCUCGAUUCCCUCAUACUGGAAAACCCGGCAACCCAGAUCCUGGUCUUAGCUCCUACAAGAGAAAUUGCAGUGCAGAUUCAUGCUGUUAUCACAACUAUUGGAAUCAAAAUGGAGGGCUUGGAAUGUCACGUCUUCAUUGGAGGGACUCCUUUGAACCAAGACAAAAUAAGACUAAAAAAGUGUCACAUAGCUGUAGGCUCUCCAGGUCGAAUAAAGCAGCUCAUAGAAUUGGACUGUCUGAAUACAGCCAGUAUCCGCCUUUUCAUUCUUGAUGAAGCUGACAAGCUUCUGGAAGAAGGCAGCUUCCAGGAACAAGUCAACUGGAUUUAUUCUUCUUUGCCAGCCAACAAACAGAUGCUGGCUGUCUCUGCUACCUACCCUGAAUCAUUGGCUAAUGCUUUGACCAGGUACAUGAGAGACCCUACCUUUGUGAGGUUGAACCCUACUGACCCAAGUCUCAUUGGGUUGAAGCAAUAUUACAAAAUUGUGAAUUCUCAUUCACUUCCUCAUAAGACUUUUGAGGAGAAGGCACAGCACUUGCAGGAGCUCUUCAGUAAGAUUCCAUUUAAUCAGGCCUUGGUCUUCUCAAAUCUGCAUAGCAGGGCUCAACACCUGGCUGAAGUAUUGACAUCCAAAGGUUUUCCUGCUGUGUGCAUUUCAGGAAGUAUGAAUCAGAACCAGCGUCUUGAUGCUAUGGCUAAAUUGAAGCAGUUCCAUUGUAGAGUCCUGAUUUCCACAGACUUAACUUCUCGUGGCAUUGAUGCUGAGAAGGUGAAUCUUGUUAUCAACCUGGAUGUGCCUUUGGACUGGGAAACAUACAUGCAUCGGAUUGGCAGAGCUGGACGCUUUGGAACCUUAGGUCUAGCUGUGACAUACUGUUGCCGUGGGGAGGAAGAGAAUAUGAUGAUGAAAAUUGCACAGAAAUGUAAUCUUCAGCUUCUUCCUUUACCAGAACCUGUACCCACUGGAUUGAUGGAGCAAUUUGCCCAGUGGGAUGUAGAGGUCACAGCUAUUGCCCAUGCAGAUGCUUCAGUGAAUGCUCAUAUCUUGACCCAUAAAAGACCAGAGGAGUCAGUGCAGCACAUGCACGUAAAUAGCUGUGCUCAGAUACCUCAGUGUGAUCCUAGUGUUUCAGGUGAAAAUUCUUCCAUGUCCAAGCCAAGAAGGGUUUCGAAACAGAAGCAACUACUAAAAGGCUGCCCAGAUCAUGCAAAUGCAGAAAAAACUAGCAAGAGUCCAAAGACAUUAAACUUCAACACACAACAGAGAAAUCAAAUGGCAACGGCUUGCAAAACCACUGAACAAAAUGUUGGUCAACAUCUGAACAAGGAAACCUUAAAAAAUACACUUCCCAAAAUUCCUUGCUUGUCAUCAUUUAAGAACCCACAGCCUACCAUUCCAUGGAGCUUUGCAGAGUUUGUUGAAGACUAUGAGUACUUCAUUAAAGAAGGGUUGGAGAAAAGGGUUGAAAUCAUAAGAAGCUACACAGGCCCUGGAGAGCAGUACCAGCACCCUAAAAAUGGUGCUUUCGAAAAAAAGGGGAUGGAAGAGACCAUGUACUCAGUAGCAGAGUGUGUAUCAUUUGGGGACACUGAUAGUGAUAGUAACUCAUUCAGUUCCAGAGCUUCCUCUCAUAGUGGGGAAAAUAAGUCAUACUUUGAAGCCUCUUCAGAUACUCAAGAGAGAGGAAGUGAUGUGCUUAUUGUAGAUCAGGCUCCGCUAAACUAUUCCCAAAGCAUAAGCUGCUCCCUGAGCCCAGUGGAGCACCAACAUAUGCCACAAAUCCAAAAGCACAGUCGAGUGAAAAAAAAAGUGGUGAAACAAAAUUCCAAACGAUGUAAGAAAAGCCACUACCAACAAUCCCCCAGUCCUCCAAAGAGAGGAGCCCAGGAAGACUGUUCAUACAGCCCUCAGGAUGAGAGCUCUCCUGGCUUUUCCUAUGAGACUCAGAAUUAUGAAGAAUACUGGAAGUCCUAUUACCGAACAUGGCAGAGUUAUUAUGCUUCUCACUCUUACUAUAGGAAAUUUCGUAGGCAUUUUAAUUGGAUGACUGCUUAUCAUGCCAACUCUGUCUAUCUUCAGGAACUGCUGAAGAGUGAUUGGUGAUGGGAGAGCAGUCUUCACUGCAAAAAGGACUGAGAAUUACCAAGAGCUAUCAUCUAAGCUCAGAAAUUGACUUAAAAUAAAGAGAUGUCUGUUUUUAGACUGAAGUAAAAAUGUUUUUGUUUUGUUUUUUUACAAGAAAAGCCUUUCUGGGUAAAUGUUUUAUAUGCAUUUCAGUGAAUUGGCGUUGCAACAGAUAUUUGUCAAUAAAUAGAAAUGACUUGUCUUGUACAUCUGGAUGUUAGUUUCAAUCUUUUAAGUGAACAAAAACGCUGAAUCAGAUUAAGGACACUUUAGAUGUAAGAAACCACAUUUAAAAAUACCAAACUCAGCAAAGUAUACUGUCAUCUUUAAUUUUCUGUGCUAUUCCUUGUUUUUGUGAUAUUCCAUGGGUGAGAUUGCAUUUGUCAUUAAAAAACCUACGGAAGUUAUUCUUCAGGCGCAGCUAUCAUUCCAGUUUUAGUGCCUUCUUAAGCAGAGCAAAAAUUGCUCGUGCUAUUUAAUAGUGGCAGAUUAAAACCUGCUUAUCUCAAUUAAUACAUGUAUUGCUAAUUUAAAUUGAAUUAAUUAAAACUGUAUAAAUAACACUUCCACAGCUAGGUAUGGUAGGCUGUGCGAUAGAGGAGGUUUUAAUUAUAUACAAAAAAAACGCAGCUAUCAUAAUUGGUCUGUCCCCCUGGGUGCUGCAGUAUCAGACUUGCCAUGCUUAAGGGAAAACUUUAAUUAGAAAUGAAAUUACUUAUUAGCCCUGAAACUAAUUGGGAUUCUUUGUUUAGGUCUUGAUGUUGUUUUGUCUGUCUGAAGCCUGGAAAAAAUGGGGGAUUGGGUGGUUUAGGAUAUUGGUAAUGCAUAUAGAAUCUUUCCACUCUAGCUUCUUAAUUCAAAUCCAGCCUAGUAGGAUGCUUGAAAAUUACCAUCUGAAACCUUGUGCUGAGUCCUCUGUGAAGUGAUCUGGGUCUCAGGCUGGUUCCUAGUUCACAAGUGUUAAUUUCACAGCCAUCCACAGUUGAUCCUGUUCUUGGGAGAUGCCAGGACAUAGCCUGAAGUCCUUUUAGUGGGAGGGUUGCUUCCUACCUGUGAGUUAACAUUCUUUCCUGGGGGAAAGCUUGGUGUUCCUACGUGCACAAAGCUUGGGUAGAAGACUUCAAAUGGAAGGGUGUUCAGUGUCACCACCUUGCAGUUCAUCUUGAGAAAUUGUGAAUUUGUCAUCCACCGUAAUAUCAAUCCACUGUUACUUUAAAACUAGCGUUGAUAUUUGAUACAUGUAGGUAGAAGACCCAGUAGGCAUCAGCAGGCAAGUCCUGUGUUGUGCAUGGCUGUACCUUUGGUGCAAUAAUCAUGUUGAAACGUGCUAUAUGGGCACACGUUCCCAAGUUACUGCAGACCUCACGUUAAUGUUAAGCAGUCACAAAAUACUUGCGCAAACGCCAGUGUUCAAGCCCUUGCUCUGUAGCAAAACUCCACCCCUUGCUACUUAAACAAUCCAAAGCUCCUUAAAAGGCUUCAGGGAGGUCUUUCAUGGUGCAGUGAAGCUCUUUAACCAUAAGACAUAGGAGAUGUCUGGACAAAGUGAUGUGUAGAGAGACAGGCCUGUUGGCAGUGGAUAGUUGUUUAUAGCACUUUUACAAACCUAUAUUCGUGAGCAUGCCAGUAAGUGAAUGCUCUUAUCUCAGCUUUGACUAUUUGCUACUUGUCAAGUAGCAAAUAGUUGAGUUUUGUGGUAUAAACUUUCUUUCCUUUUCAGUCUGCGGUAACCGGACAAAAUUGAUAAUAUAGCACACGAAAGUAGCACCUAUCUGCUGGUGAAUUCAGGCUCUCUGCUUUCACCUUUUUUUUUUUUUGUGAGAAGAA